AGCUUGUUCAUUAUGUGUAUUAAAAAAAAUUCUUUUUUUUUUCUUUUUUUCUUUUUUAUAUGUCUGAGCAUCCUUUAUUAUAUACAGAAACAAGUGUCUAUAGUUCGCCCUCAACAAGUGUGAAGCAAGAAACCAAAGAACAACAAAAACCAGUGAUGACUGAAUUUGCGCCACGCUCUUAUCUUGAUUCUACUGUUGUCCCUACAUUAUUAGAAGGCAUGAAAUUACUUGUGUCUGAACGUCCUGCGGAUCCUCUUGCAUAUCUUGGUCAUUUCCUACUCUCACGAUCCAAUGAACAACAGAAAUAAACUGUCUUUGAAAUUGUCCUGUACUUCUCUUUAAGGUAGGACGAGUAUAUUAAUUCUUUUUUCUCUUUUUCUGUCCUUUUUCAUUAAAUAAAUAGUAUGGGCUUAUUAGAUAAAAUUAAAUCAAGUGUAGAAAUGUGGAAAAUUGAAAAAUAUACCAAGCGUAGACCUAUUACUUCCCCUGAUUUUGAACAAAAAGAUCGAGAAUUUUAUCGUCAAAACUAUAAAGAUGGUGUCUAUCUUCAUCAUACAGGCAAUGAUACAGGUGGUGUCAUCACUUCCAUCAGCAGAAAGACAACACUGCUAAAAACAAAAAGUGAAAAGAUAAUGCGGUCCUCAGAAAACUAUAAUAACAAUGUUCGAUAAAAUAAAAUAAUGUGCUUCAUUUCCAUAAUAGUG